GCCGACGCCAUGGAGCGCAGCCACGUCCUGCGUAGGGACUGUGUAAGUAUUGUCGGCGAUCCAAACAUAUAAAAAAGCCUUCAAUCCAAACAUUGAAACGGACAACAACAACGAUCUUUUCUCUCUGGACUUGCUGGACAAGUUCAUUCCAUUCACACAACCAACACCUUUCCAUCCAAAUUCCACUCUUACCAUCUCGAAAAUGCGUUUCGACACCGCCCUCGCAACACUCGCGCUCGCUGGCGCAGGCGUCAGCGCAGCUCCGCUGGACAGACGCACUGCAGAAGCGCUCGCAGCCAUAGUUGGUUCGCCCAACCUUGAUGGAUCAGGACCCGUGGGUCCGUGGUUUCCAGAAGAGCUGUACAACAGUCCUGGCCCCAAUGGGGAGAACCGCGAUGCUGUCGAGCCUCUACCAAGUUGGUUCGGAUCUCCUGGGCUCAUACAACUUCCAGGACAUGGUUCCUCGACAGGCUCUCAAGGACCUUCUCUGCAGCAGCGCCAGGUCGACCUUGAGGGAUGGGCAAAAUCCAAUCCCUUCUCGGAACUUGGUAAUAAUUUUGGCCGACGUUCUCCUGGCGAGCAGAAGCGACAUGUCGGGCCUCAAGAGUGGCCAGAUUCUUUCAACAUUGGCGAUUUCCCAAGAGGCAACCUCGUUCUAGCUUCCGCAGAAAAACGAGCUCUUAUUGGACCUCAGCCAUUUGAUCACUUUCAAACCCCUACGCAUUUCGGCCCUCGUCCACAGAUUUGGGAAAAGCGUGAUGCUCGGCUGCCUGGAGCCACCAUACCGCCGAGCAGGGGUGCUUCGCGCAUAGUCCUACCAGGAGGACCUUUCAUCCGACCGGAAGAAUUGUUUGGAGACAUGAAGCUGCAACAGCGUGAAGCCUACCCUCAGGAGUGGCUUGGUCGACCACGAGUGCCAGUUCCCAAGACUGGCGGUCGUCUGGCUGUUUGCGGCUUGUACAUUGGCGAGUGUUAGAGGGAAGGAGGGGGAGAGAACACAUCAGCUUUGGGGCCUGAUAGAUCGAUGUAAGUCAAGCUUCGAUCUAACAGUUUGCCAAUGCUAUUUUGGAUCCACUUGCUAACAACUUUUUGGCUGCUUUCAGGUCUACAUGAUUCGACGUUGCUGUACUGUAACGCAAGUACGGAAUCUGGCUCGAUCCUAUAGCUCUUGCAAUGAAGACCAAUGCCAUACCCUCGUCUCUUG